GUCAGCUCUCGCAGGAGGUGAGGCCCUGACGACCAUCAUCACUCCUACCAACCUCCGCCGAGACCUGGGUCUUGUUUCUCUGCCUUUGCCUCAAUUCACACUCUAUUCAGGUCCUCGUUUUCUGUUGAGAGUCUAGCAACCGUUUUCAGCCAAGGAUCGACGCACAGGACAGACUGCUCGCCUGAACUCGUCCUUGCCCCUGUGGUGCUCCCGACCUUCAUUCGCCCCUUGGCCUGGCGCGAUGAGACUCGCAACUCUCGUUGGCCUCGCAGCCGGUAGCCUAGCUGGACUAGGCUCUGCGAACCUUGCGCCGCGCAACUACGAUGCCAACGACUAUUACGUUCUGCAGCUCGAGCGUGGAGUCAACCCUGACGAUGUCGCCGCGCGCCUCGACAUGCGCCACGAAGGCCCUCUAGGCAACCUCGCCGGCCACCAUAUGUUCUCCGCCGUCAAACGCAACGACGACAUUGUCUCUCGCGCCGUCCACGAGCGCCGCCGCCGGCGGACAAGCACGCCUGACUUGAUCGACCGCGUCCCGUUCUGGCAGAAGCAGCGACUCCGUGCCCCGAUGACCAAGAGGUCAAGCCCGGGACCCGCCCGCGGUGCUUUCCCCGCCGAGAAGCGACAGGAUGUCGAUGCACAGGCUGUCCAGAGACAAAAGAACGUCAUGUCAGAGCUGGGCAUCACAGAUCCCAUCUUUACGGAGCAGUGGCAUCUGUUCAACGCGGUCGAGGUCGGCCACGAUGUCAACGUGACGGACGUAUGGCGCGCAGGUAUUACGGGCCACAAUUCGACUGUUGCCAUUGUGGACGAUGGCCUGGACAUGUACAGCAACGAUCUCAAGCCCAAUUACUACGCGGCAGGCAGUUACGACUUCAACGACCACCGGCCGGAACCCAAGCCUACACUCUCAGAUGACCGCCACGGUACGCGCUGCGCAGGAGAGAUUGGAGCUGCCAAGAAUGAUGUAUGCGGUGUUGGUGUUGCAUAUGAUUCAAAAAUCGCUGGCAUCCGGAUCUUGAGCAAGCUCAUCACCGAGUCCGACGAGGCUUUGUCUCUAAACUACGAUUUCCAGCACAAUCAGAUCUACUCGUGCUCUUGGGGCCCUCCGGACGACGGAAAGUCGAUGGAAGCCCCUGGCAUCUUGAUCAAGCGCGCAAUGCUCAAUGGCGUUCAGAACGGCCGUUCGGGCAAGGGCUCGGUGUUCGUCUUUGCCAGUGGCAAUGGCGCUGUGUACGAAGACAACUGCAAUUUCGAUGGCUACACAAACAGCAUUUACAGCAUUACAGUAGGCGCUGUUGAUCGUAAAGGAUUGCACCCCUACUAUUCCGAGAAGUGUUCCGCACAGCUUGUCGUUACAUACAGCAGUGGCAGUGGCGAUGCCAUACAUACUACUGAUGUCGGCGAGAACACAUGCUCGUCCUCGCAUGGAGGUACAUCAGCAGCUGCCCCGCUGGCCGCCGGUAUUUUCGCGUUAGCCCUGGAAGUCCGGCCCGAUCUCACGUGGAGGGACAUGCAGUAUAUUGCGCUUCAGACAGCCGUGGUCGUAGACCCGUCGGAUGAGGAAUUGCAGACCACAGCCACGGGCAAGCAGUUCAGCCACACGUUUGGAUACGGCAAGCUCGACUCUUGGGCUCUCGUGGAGGCUGCGAGGACUUGGAAGAACGUCAAGCCACAAGCCUGGCUCUUCUCCCCCUGGAUCCAUAUUAAGCACGAUAUUCCCCAGGGCGACAAGGGUCUGACCUCGUCGUUCACCGUCACCAAAGAUAUGAUGCUAAAGGCCAAUCUGGCUCGGCUGGAGCACGUCACGGUCACCAUGAACGUUGAACACAGCAAGCGUGGUGACCUCAGCGUUGACCUUAUCAGCCCUUCCGGACUUGUCAGUCAUAUCGCGACGACUCGCAAGGGAGAUCUAAGCGGAGAUGGUUAUGCCGACUGGACCUUCAUGAGUGUUGUGCACUGGGGCGAGGACGGUGUUGGUGACUGGAAGAUUAUAGUCAAGGAUAGCCAGGUGAACGAAAACUCUGGCAAGUGGGUCGACUGGCACCUAAAGCUCUGGGGAGAAAGCAUCGACGCUGAAAAGGCAACGCUGCUUCCGAUGCCCACGGAGGAAGACGAUGACAACCAUGACGAGAACAUUCCAGUGACGACCGGGGUUGCGGAGACCACGACCCUACCCCCGGCUGUGCAACAGACUCCCAGCGAGCUUCCCUCUGUUCCCUCUGACCACCCUGAACGCCCGACUAAGCCCGGCAGCGGUUCCACAGCAGAGGGCUCGGCAGGUGAGAAGCCCUCCGAGACAGAGGGCGGCUCUGGCUCGUCGUCAUCCGACUCAUCUGCUGCCGAGACCACCACGGCCGAGAGCUCGUGGUUGCCGUCAUUCCUGCCCACAUUCGGCGUGUCCUCGCGCACCCAGGCUUGGAUCUACGGUGCCUUUAGCUUGAUUGUCGUCUUUUGCGCGGGGCUCGGGGCGUGGCUGUAUAUGCAGCGCCGCAAGCGUCUCAGCAACACGCGGGAUAACUAUGAGUUUGAGCUCAUCAAUGAGGAGGAAGGCGAGGGCCUCACAGGUGCCGGUGCCGCAGCCGGCGAGAAAGGCCGCAAGCGCCGAGGCGGCGAGCUGUAUGAUGCGUUUGCGGACGGCAGCGACGAUGAGAUGGAGAUGUUUUCGGACGGCGAUGACGAUGACGACAGCCAGGGCCGCAGAGCGGGUGGAUCUUCAUCCGCCGCCGCUGCUGGCUCGGCAGCCGCUGCUGCGAGCAGUAGUAGCCGCGCAGGCCCCGCGAGUGACGAGGACGACGACAGCGAGGAGGACAGUGUCGAUGAGAAGGCGGGACUUCGUGGUGGUACGCGGCGGUAAGCCUUGGCAUCACUGGCGCUGGACUGGGACCGCUGCACAUUCGCAGUCCCCUCAGUCCUUACUUAGUGUCACGCCGAAGAAGCAACUAGAAAGUGCAUGCGCAGACAGCUCUCGCGGGUCGUGGGAUUACUUUAUUUUAUACAUCUACGCGGCGUUUUAACGUUCAUAUAUUCCUGUUACCUGGUAUCAAUCUAGAACGACGAUUAGGUAUGCAUACCGCAUCGAAACAUUACCGUCACCUUGUGCGACACAAAAUGGUCUGAGAGCUAGAACCAUGAAUGAUGUUUAAAUCACCAUCAGGACCACGGUCGGUUUGCAUU